GGGAGGUGCCGAACAUGGCGGCGGCUGUCCUUCCUAGCGGAGGCGCUGGAGGAGAUGCUGAAGGGACGCUGGCAGAAGGGGAACAAUCCGAAGUGUCAUCAAAAGGAUCCAAAGAGCAAAGGAAUCUGAGGUUUCAAGAUGGAGGCAACAGGCGAGAGGGGAGACAAAAGCAGAAGCCGGAGGGUGACUCUGGUACGUCUCAGGGUGGUGAAAACCAAACUCACAGAGAUGAGAAAAAGCAUGAAUGCACAGUGUGUGGAAAGAGAUUUGGUCGUCGCUCAACUCUUACUAUACAUCAAAGAGUACACACGGGGGAGAAACCGUAUACAUGUUCAGAGUGUGGAAAGAGCUUCAGUGCCAGUGGUACUCUUACUAUACAUCAAAGAGUGCACACAGGGGAGAAACCGUAUACAUGUUCAGCGUCUGGAAGGAGCUUCAGUCACUGUGGUGCCCUUACCUCACAUCAAAGAACUCAUUCAGGGGAGAAACCGUAUACAUGCUCAGAGUGUGGAAAGAGCUUCUGUGACAAUCGUAGCCUUACCAGGCACCAAAGAUCUCAUACAGGGAAGAAACCGUAUACAUGUUCAGAGUGUGGAAAGAGCUUCCGUAACAGUAGCAAUCUUAAGUCGCAUCAACGAACUCAUACAGGGGAGAAACCUUAUAAAUGUUUGGAGUGUGGAAAGACCUUCAGUCAGAGUACUGUCCUUAUCUUGCAUCAAAGAUCUCAUACAGGGGAGAAACCUUAUAAAUGUUUGGAGUGUGGAAAGACCUUCAGUCAGAGUACUGGCCUUAUCUUGCAUCAAAGAUCUCAUACCGGGGAGAAACCUUAUAAAUGUUCAGAGUGUGGAAAAAGCUUCAGUCAACAUGGUACCCUUAAAUUGCAUAAAAGAUCUCAUACAGGGGAGAAACCAUAUACAUGUUCAGAGUGUGGAAAGAGUUUCAGUUGCAAUGGUGCCCUUACCUUGCAUCAAAGAUCUCAUACAGGGGAAAAACCGUAUACAUGUUUAGAGUGUGGGAGGAGCUUCAGUCAGGGUAGCUCACUUAAGUCGCAUCAAAGAACUCAUACAGGGGAGAAACCGCAUACGUGUUUGGAGUGUGGAAUGAGCUUCGCUCGCAGCAAUGGGCUUACUAGACAUCAACAAACUCAUCGAGGCAGCAAACCUUAUAAAUGCUGGGAAUGUGGCAAGAGCUUCAGUCGCAACGACUACCUUUCUUCACAUGAAAGAAUUCAUAUAGGGGAGAAACGAUAUACAUGUUUGGAGUGUGGAAAGAGCUUCAGCCACAGUUGCAGCCUUACCUUGCAUCAAAGAUUGCACACAGGAGAGAAACCUUAUAAAUGUUUGGAGUGUGGCAAGAGCUUCAGUUGCGGUAGCCAACUCACGUUGCAUCAAAGAACUCAUACAGGAGAGAAACCGUAUACAUGUUCGGAGUGUGGAAGGAGCUUCAGGUACAGUAGCUCCCUUACUUUGCAUCAAAGAACUCAUACAAGAGAGAAGCCGUAUACAUGUUCAGAGUGUGGAAUGAGCUUCACUCAAAGUAGCUCCCUUAAGUCGCAUAAAAGAACUCAUACAGGAGAGAAACCGUAUACAUGUUCGGAGUGUGGAAUGAGCUUCAGGUGCAGUAGCUCCCUUAAGUCACAUCAAAGAACUCAUACAGGAGAGAAGCCGUAUACAUGUUCAGAGUGUGGAAUGAGCUUCACUCAAAGUAGCUCCCUUAAGUCGCAUGAAAGAACUCAUACAGGAGAGAAACCGUAUACAUGUUCAGAGUGUGGAAUGAGCUUCACUCAAAGUAGCUCCCUUAAGUCGCAUGAAAUAACUCAUACAGGAGAGAAACCGUAUACAUGUUCGGAGUGUGGAAGGAGCUUCAGUCACAGUAGCUCCCUUAAGUCGCAUGAAAGAACUCAUACAGGAGAGAAACCGUAUACGUGUUCGGAGUGUGGAAAAAGCUUCAGUCGUAGUAAUAUCCUUACUAGCCACCACAGAACUCAUACAGGGAGGAAAUCUUAGAAAUGUUUGGCCUAUAGAAAGAACUUAUGUGACAAGGACUCCCUUACUAAACUGAAAAGAACUCGUACAAGGGAAACAGAAAGGUUGGGGUGUGGGAAGAUAUUUAAUUAUAUCAAAUAACUCCUACAGAGAGUAAACCAAUGAUUGUGUUCAGAAUUAGAAUUUGCUUCCAUUAGAAUUUUUAUUCCUUUUAGUGGCUGUGUUGCAGAUUGUUCUCCUGAUCAGAGUUGGAUUUACAUAGCUAUGUUCUAUUUUCUUUCUCAUGCGUUAUUUCCCAUGUAUUCAUCACUUGUAUAUAGUGGUGCUUUAAUAUUUCUCCCAUCCCCAAAAUUUGUUAAUCUGGUGUGAAUUGAUCUGAUAUUUUUCAUAGACACAAAUGCAUUCUCUGGUAUUCUGUUGACGUAUGUAAAUGACGUAUCUUUGCAAUGAGAGUAUAUGCCCUCAGAUUACAGCUCUAAUGAACAAAUGCUGUUGAAAAACAUAUACUGUAUAAUAAGCCUCAAUACGCAGUCAAAAGAGAAAAUCUUCUUUGGCGUAGCCGAGUAAAAUUGUCUUCCAUAAACACGGUUUUAACAAUGAGUCCGUAAGUGACUGUGGAAGCCAAUUCUGGACCCACACAUCCUUCCACAGUGGGGACAUAGGUUCCCAGGCAGGAGUUGAUCACGGUGUGGAUUUGCCAAGCGUCCCUUCCUCUUAGCACGCUUCUCCCUUGCGUUCUGAGUUCGAUUGUAUUCAAAGUCCAUGACACCUUUGGUCGAGAGAGAAAUUAGAACAGUAUAGAAGAUGCAUUGAUUUUCCAACCUGUGUCUAGAGUGUUAAUAGGUCAGUGUUUCAGGAUGUGUGUUUCUUCACCUUCAUCUGCCUAGGAGGGAUUUCAGUUUUAUGUCUCCGAAAUAUCCAGGCAGUGGCCGGAAUAGAGGCAGUGGAAAGAAUAUGACUAAAUAAAAGAACAUCUUCAAAGCUGGCUGCAUCAUAGACACUUAAAUGAUAUCUUUAAAGAGGACAAUAAGAAAGGCAUCUCAUAGUCGGUUUCCAAAUUCCAAAGAGGAAGUGAUAGAAGAAAGUACAAAAUUAUUUUUAAAAGGCAUAUAACAUUCUUUUGGAGUAGGAAACCAAAGACGAAGAAGUAAAAUUGGUAAUGAUUAAAUGGGCCAUAACAUACAAUUUGAAGAUUGGAUAAAAUUGUGGAAAGUAAAUUUGAAAUUUACAGAUGGUAUACUAUUGAGAGAGAACUAUAUGAAAAUGAUGUAUAGAUGGUAUCACCAGUUAAACUGGAAAAAAUGUAUAAAAAUGAAAAGAAAGAGUCUUGGAGAUGUGAAAUAGAAGGUACGCUUUAUCAUAUGUGGUGGGAUUGUAAAAAGGUAAAAGCCUAUUGGGAAAUGAUAUAUAAUGAAUUGAAGAAAAUGUUGAAAAUAACUUUUCUAAAAAACCCAGAAGCCUUCUUACUAGGUAUUUUAGGCCAAGACAUAAGGAAAGAAAAGAGGACUUUAUUUAUGUACAGCAGCAAGAAUGUUGACUGCACAAAAUUGGAAGACUGGAGAAAUACCAAGUAAAGAACAAUGGCAAGAGAAGUUGGUGAACUAUGAGGGGAGAGACUCCAUCAGGCAAGGCCUCCUUCCACCUGCCUUGCCCCACUCUCUGCUUCUCAAUGUGUAUUGUAUUGUUUUAUGUACUGUGGCUUGCCAUUGUUUUAUUGAUUACAGUUUAGAUAUUAUUGUAA